AGCGUUAUUCAGAGCGCUGUAAUUUAGAUUAUGUUAACGUUCUCAGUACUGACAAAACAUUCUUUUAGUAUAUUUCAUAUCCUCGAUAAAUUUAAAUACAAGUUUUACGUAUUCUAAUAAUUUGUAAUUUCUUAUAAAAUAAUAUUUUGAGUUUAAAAUUAGGGCUAAUAUCCAAAUUGUGAUAUUUAUCAUUGGAUUAAUUGUUCUUGUGAAAAUUUAACUGUCAUUAAAUAUGGUCAUAAUUUAUAAGAUAAUAUAAAAGUUAUUUCACGGACUUGUUUAAGUGUCAUAAGUAAAAAAAUAUUUUUUUUUUAUUAAAAAGUUAUUAAACUAUCAUGCAAGUGAGCUGUGUUAAUAUCCUGUGAUAGUGAAAGAUCUAAUUAUUCAGGUUCUUUGACAUACAAUCGACUUAUCACGAGGACACUAAAUAAUUUAGUAACCACUGAAAUAAUUUUUAAGAAAUACAACAAUGACAGCGUUUUUAGAAGUCAGUAAAGAUUUACCGGAUAUUGAAAAUUUGUUGAACUUAAAUCCAAAAAUAAAACCUUACACAAAUUUUGUCUCAUCUUCUGAAACGAAGAAGAACAAACGUCAUUGGAAACGUAAUAAUAAUUUGAAUUGUAACUCAUGUCUAAAAAAUAAUUUUGACGAUAUCAAACAUACAACAUUGAGUGAACGUGGCGCGCUCAAGGAGUCAGCAAGAUGUUUAAAGUGUGCGGAUGCGCCUUGUCAAAAAUCCUGCCCAACCCAAAUCGACGUAAAGGCAUUCAUAACAUCAAUAUCGAAUAAAAAUUACUAUGGCGCCGCUAAAACAAUCUUAUCAGAUAAUCCAUUAGGUCUUACGUGUGGCAUGGUUUGUCCGACAAGUGAUCUUUGUGUUGGUGGAUGUAAUCUAGCUGCCACCGAAGAGGGACCGAUUAAUAUUGGAGGCUUACAACAUUUCGCUGUAGAUAUUUUCAAAAAAAUGAAUAUCCGUGCAACUAGGAUUCCUGGUCAGUAUGUUGAAUACCCAAACACUAAAAUAGCUCUUCUAGGGUGUGGUCCAGCAUCAAUAUCAUGUGCAACGUUUCUAGCCCGAUUGGGCUACACUGAUAUUAAAAUAUUUGAAAAGGAAAAUUAUCUUGGUGGCUUGAGUUCAUCAGAGAUACCACAAUAUCGUUUACCAUAUGACGUAGUCAAUUUUGAAAUUCAACUGAUUCAAGACCUAGGAGUCGAGAUCGAAUGUAAUCGAAUGCUAUCAGUGGACGAUUUGACUAUUGAAAAACUUAAGGAAUCUGGUUACAAAGCUAUUUUUUGUGGAAUAGGUUUACCGGAAGCUAAAGUGAUUUCAAUAUUUGAGGGACUUACACAGGAAAUGGGUUUCUACACUUCAAAAAUAUUCUUGCCUUUAGUAUCAGGUGGCAGUAAGCCUGGAUUGUGUGGAUGUAAAUCAAAAUUGCCUAGUCUUUAUGGUAAUGUUAUCGUCCUUGGAGCAGGUGAUACGGCAUUUGAUUGUGCAACAUCAGCAUUUCGGUGUGGAGCAAAAAAAGUAUUCGUGAUAUUUCGAAAAGGAUUUACAAAUAUCCGUGCGGUACCAGAAGAAAUGGAGUUGGCACGUGAAGAAAAGUGUGAAUUUAUUCCAUUCCAUUCACCGAAACAAGUCAUUGUAAAAGGUAAUAAAAUAGUAGCCAUGGAAUUUUAUCGCACUGAACAAAAUGAUAAUGAUGAAUGGAUAGAGGAUCAAGACCAAUUAAUGCGUAUAAAAGCGGAUUUCAUUAUUUCAGCAUUUGGAUCUGGAUUGUUUAAUCCUAAAAUUAAGGAUGCCAUGUAUCCUAUCAAGUUCAAUAAAUGGGGAUUACCAGACGUUGAAUCAACUACUAUGAAAACAUCCGUUCCUGGUGUGUUUUGUGGUGGGGAUCUAGCUGGUGUAGCACAAACUACUGUAGAAUCUGUGAAUGAUGGAAAAAUAGCAGCUUGGUACAUCCAUAAAUACAUUCAAGAGUCGCAUGGUUUGACAGUACCGAAAACUCCGCAACUGCCAAAAUUCCAUAGCUCGAUAGAUGACAUCGAUAUUAGUGUAGAAGUAUGUGGGAUCAAAUUCGAAAACCCAUUUGGCUUAGCUUCAGCCCCACCUGCAACAACGAGUGCCAUGAUACGAAGAUCUUUCGAAGCCGGUUGGGGAUUUACUGUUACAAAGACCUUUGGAUUAGAUAAAGAUCUAGUGACGAAUAUAUCACCCCGAAUCGUAAGAGGGACCACUGCCGGACAUCAUUACGGACCAGAACAAGGGAGUUUCUUGAAUAUCGAAUUGAUAUCGGAAAAAACUGCUGCCUAUUGGUGCCGCAGUAUUACCGAACUCAAAAGAGAUUUUCCUACGAAAGUGAUUAUAGCAAGUAUCAUGUGUUCCUUCAAUCAAGCCGAUUGGACCAAACUAGCUCAACAAGCCGAAGCCGCUGGAUCAGAUGCUCUAGAACUCAAUCUUUCAUGUCCGCAUGGAAUGGGUGAAUCGGGAAUGGGUUUAGCUUGUGGCCAAGAUCCACAUUUGGUUCGUGAAAUAUCGAAAUGGGUAAAAUCAGCAGUGAAAAUUCCAGUUUUUGUGAAACUAACACCGAAUAUUACGGAUAUUGUGACAAUUGCAAUGGCUGCUUAUGAAGGCGGUGCUAAUGGUGUAUCAGCGAUAAAUACAGUUUCAGGACUGAUGGGCUUACGAGCAGAUGGAACUCCUUGGCCUGCAAUCGGAAGUGCGAAAGCUACAACUUAUGGUGGAGUAUCUGGAAAUGCAACAAGACCUCAAGCGUUACGUGCAGUUUCUAGUAUUGCUAAAAAGAUUCCGGGGUUCCCGAUUCUUGGGAUAGGUGGCAUCGAUUCUGCUGAUGUUGCAUUACAGUUUAUUCACUGUGGGGCUUCAGUUGUUCAAGUGUGUAGUGCCAUACAGAAUCAAGAUUUUACAUUGAUUGACGAUUACACCACUGGUUUGAAAACUUUGAUUUAUUUAUCGGCUUUAGAACAUACCAAACAUUGGGAAGGGCAGAGUCCGCCGACUUUUAAGCAUCAAAAAGGAAAACCAGUUUUGUUACAUCCGCUAGGUAACCGCGUUCCGUACUUUGGAGAAUAUCAAAUUAUGAGAGAAAAAGCAAUAGCAGAAAUGCGUAUUAAUUCCGAUCCCUUGAAGACAUCGGAAAGUGAAUACGAAAUGAAAAAUGGAAAAUCUGAAUCAACUAUGGGCGAAGUAUUACAAAUUAAAGAUUUAAUUGGCAAAGCAUUACCAAAUAUUGUUAAUUACAAACAGUUGGAUAACAAAAAACAAGUUGUUGCUUUAAUUGACGAUGAUUUAUGUAUCAACUGUGGGAAGUGUUACAUGACUUGUGCCGACUCAGGGUACCAAGCAAUCGAAUUUAAUGCUGAUACCCAUAUUCCAAAAGUGAAUGACGAUUGUACUGGAUGUACUUUGUGUUUGUCCGUUUGUCCAAUUAUUGAUUGUAUUACUAUGGUACCCAAAACCAUUCCCCACGUUAUAAAGAGAGGUAUUUACGUCAACGACAGUUAAUGGUAUGAAUAAAAUAGAGCGGAACUUUGUUGUUGUAAAAUUACCCAUUAGGAUACUUAUUACAAAAAAAAAAAAAAAAAAAAAAAAAAAAAAAAAAAAACUGUGAGAAAUAACAUAAAUUACAUUUCUUUCGUACGUUGAACUAUACUAACCUUUAAUAUUGAAGUGAACUAAUAGAAAUUGUGAAACCGUAGGGUUAUUCAACAAUUUUUUUCUGGACGACUUAUAGUAGUGAUAUUUUUUCCUAUUAUUCACAUUUUUGUUGGUAGGUAAAUAGGAUUGGGAGAUGAAUUUAUAAGACAGCUACUUUUGUUUACUUCAAAAAAGUAAGCUCACCAUUAAAUAAAAAAUGAAUAUUCAAAAGCUGAUUCGUUUUAAAGAGUUUCAAGAGAUGCGAAUAAAAAAAAAACUUUCAAAUAAAUCGAAAAUUGAUUAAUAAAAUAUUGAAAAAAUAAAUUACAAUACCAGUAAAUUUUUACCAGUUCCCGAUGAAAAAAGAUUUUAUACAAUUGUAUAAAAUUAUAUACAAAAAAUGGCCCGAUCCAAUU